CCCAAUUCUCACGAUGUUUUGAGAAGGCCGAAAUCCGCCAUCUUGAGGAGCUGCAGGAAGUUUCCGUCGGGAAGAAACAAAAACACAGAAGGAGGAAAUAAAGCGGACGGAGUUGUAGGAAAAAAAGAGCUAGGCCCGAAGAAGGCAGGGGGUUAAGUUGACUUCUUGAAUAAAAGCACCGUCUCUCCAAGGACCCCUGGCCCGGCCGGAGCCAGAAACCCGCCGCCCUGGAGGGCCAGCGAGUGACCAUGUCCGGCGGCUCCCUGCGACGCGAGCUUCGACUGCUCGAGUCCAUAUUCGACCAGACGCAUGAGCGUCUGCGUAUCAUUAGUGCCCGUGUGGACGAGUUGACCUGCGAAUUCAUCACCGAAGCGGGUGGCACAGUCCGGGUGCACUGUAAUAUUACGGAAUCUUACCCUAAUGUGCCCCCAAUAUGGUUUGUGGACUCUGAUGACCCCAGCUUGGCAUCUGUUUUGGAAAGACUGGCAGAUAUUAAGAAGGGGAACACAUUGCUUCUGCAACACUUGAAGAAGAUGGUCUCAGACUUGUGCAAGCUAUAUAACCUCCCUCAACACCCAGAUGUAGAGAUGCUGGAUCAACCACUUCCUGCUGAGCAAGUCAGAAGGAGUACCCAGGAGGAAGUAUCUUCUGAGGAUGAAGACGAAGAAAUGCCAGAGGAUUCAGAGGACCUUGACCAUUAUGAGAUGAAGGAAGAGCCAGUAGAGGGGAAAAAAUCAGAGGAUGAAGGAAUUGGAAAGGAGAACCUUGCUAUUCUUGAGAAGAUAAAAAAGAAUCAGAGGCAAGAUUACUUAAAUGGAGCUGUGUCUGGAUCAGUGCAGGCCACAGAUCGUCUGAUGAAGGAGCUCAGGGAUAUUUACAAAUCCGAAAGUUUCAAAGCAGGAAACUAUACUGUGGAGCUCGUCAGUGAUAGUCUUUAUGACUGGAAUGUUAAAUUGUUAAAGGUUGAUCAAGACAGUGCACUGCACACUGACCUUCAAAUCCUCAAGGAAAAGGAAGGAACAGAUUUUAUUUUAUUAAAUUUUUCCUUUAAAGAUAAUUUUCCCUUUGACCCACCAUUUGUGAGAGUGGUGUCCCCGGUGCUAUCAGGCGGGUAUGUUCUUGGAGGUGGGGCAAUUUGUAUGGAGCUUCUAACAAAGCAGGGCUGGAGCAGUGCCUAUUCUAUAGAGUCCAUAAUCAUGCAAAUAAAUGCCACGCUGGUGAAGGGCAAAGCCAGAGUGCAGUUUGGCGCUAACAAGUCACAGUACAGUCUAACAAGAGCACAGCAGUCUUACAAAUCACUUGUGCAAAUUCAUGAGAAGAAUGGUUGGUACACUCCACCUAAAGAGGAUGGCUAGACCUUCAUCUGCCGUCUGCUUAUGUGCCACAAGGACCAACUUUGAUCUCAUCCCAUCUCUGAAGCCAGAUUGCCACUCCACUGAACUAACACUCUUCUGUCUGUCACUGUUCCUGAGCUUGAGAAAUUCUCAGUGCAACCACUGACAGAGCGGCUGUGUAAUUCCGUAUAUGCUUUCACAGACGGGUUUUAAAAAAAAAAAAAAAAAAAGAGGACAGAGGCUACCCUUUUCUGGCUGGACCCUCACUUAUGGCAGGCUUACUUUUAUUUGUAAGACUGGUUUAUUUGAAACUACCACCAAACAAUGACUUCUCUGGGAACCCAAGACUUUCUUUCAGGCAUCCAGCAUCUUUACUUCUAUGCUAUUGAUUCUUAAUUUAUUUUUCUUUCUUGUGCACUUUCUCCUUUUUGUUAAUGUAUGAUGGUUGUGUACAAAAAGAAAGUGUAAGACAAUUACAUUUAUUAUUGACA